CAGCCGGGUUGGCAGAGCUGCCCUUCUAGAAGGCCGGGGAGGUACAGCAGCAGGAGGUGCAGUGUCUCAUCACGGGGCAUCAAACUACAGGCGGAGAAAGAACUGCGCAGGAAAGAGUUAAGAACCUGGUCGAAAACCAUUCCUGGUAAGGUUGAAUUCUUCUCCAGCGAGGGUUCCGACACCUCUAUUCCUAUCCCCAUCGUGCCGCUUCCAGGUGUAGAUGACUCUUACCCACCCCAGAAGAAAUCUUUUAUGAUGCUGAAAUACAUGCAUGACCACUACUUGGACAAAUACGAAUGGUUUAUGAGAGCUGAUGAUGACGUUUACAUCAAAGGGGACAAACUGGAGAACUUUCUCAGGAGUUUGAACAGCAGCGAGCCCCUCUUUCUCGGUCAGACUGGCCUUGGCACCACAGAAGAGAUGGGGAAGCUGGCACUGGAACCGGGUGAGAACUUCUGCAUGGGGGGACCAGGCGUGAUCAUGAGCCGGGAAGUGCUGCGGCGGAUGGUGCCUCACAUUGGCGAGUGCCUGCGCGAGAUGUACACCACCCACGAGGACGUGGAAGUGGGGAGAUGCGUACGGAGGUUUGCAGGAGUGCAGUGUGUAUGGUCUUAUGAGAUGCAGCAGCUGUUUUAUGAAAAUUAUGAACAGAACAAAAAAGGCUAUAUCAGAGACCUUAGGAACAGCAAAAUACACAGAGCUAUAACGUUGCAUCCUAAUAAGAACCCACCAUACCAGUAUAGACUUCACAGCUACAUGUUGAGUCGCAAAAUAGCAGAGCUUCGCCACCGGACUGUACAGCUGCACAGAGAAAUUGUCCUGAUGAGCAAAUACAGCAAUACGGAAAUCCACAAGGACGACCUCCAGCUGGGGAUGCCGCCCUCCUUCAUGAGAUUCCAGCCACGGCAUCGAGAGGAGAUCUUGGAGUGGGAGUUUCUUACGGGGAAGUAUUUGUAUUCCGGGGCCGAUGGACAGCCUCCUCGGAGAGGAAUGGACUCUUCUCAGCGUGAAGCGUUGGAUGACAUUGUUAUGCAGGUCAUGGAAAUGAUCAACGCGAAUGCUAAGACCCGGGGGAGGAUCAUAGAUUUCAAGGAAAUACAAUAUGGCUAUCGCAGAGUGAAUCCUAUGUAUGGAGCGGAGUACGUUCUUGACUUGUUGCUUCUGUACAAGAAGCAUAAAGGAAAGAAGAUGACUGUCCCUGUCAGGAGGCACGCUUACUUGCAGCAGACCUUCAGCAAGAUCCAGUUCAUGGAGCACGAAGAGAUGGAUGCCAAGGAGCUGGCCAGCAAAAUUAACCAGGAUUCUGGAUCUCUGUCUUUCCUCUCCAAUUCACUGAAGAUGUUUGUUCCGUUCCAGCUCACCGGCUCCAAAGUAGAGAGGAAGGAGCUCAAAGACAAGAAGAUCAACAUCCUAAUUCCUCUCUCUGGACGCUUUGACAUGUUUGCAAGGUUCAUGGGGAAUUUUGAAAAAACGUGCCUCAUUCCAAAUCAGAACGUCAAGCUGGUUGUGCUGCUUUUCAAUUCCAAUUCGAACCCGGACAAAGCAAAGCAGAUUGAGCUGAUGAGAGAUUUCCGUUCCAAAUACCCCAAGGCAGACAUGCAGAUCUUACCGGUGUCUGGGGAGUUCUCCAGGGCAUUGGCUCUGGAAGUCGGAUCUUCUCAGUUUCAAAAUGAGUCUUUACUCUUCUUCUGUGAUGUUGACUUAGUGUUUACCACAGAAUUUCUCCAGCGGUGUAGAGCCAAUACAGUUUUGGGUCAACAAGUAUACUUUCCAGUCAUUUUUAGCCAGUACGAUCCAAAGAUUGUUUAUAGUGGAAAAGUUCCUAGUGACAAUCAUUUUGCCUUCACCCAGAAAACAGGUUUCUGGAGGAACUACGGCUUUGGUAUUACCUGUAUUUACAAAGGCGAUCUUCUUCGAGCAGGUGGCUUUGAUGUCUCCAUCCAAGGUUGGGGCCUUGAAGACGUAGACCUUUUUAACAAAGUAAUUCAAGCUGGCUUAAAAACGUUCCGAAGCCAAGAAAUUGGAGUAGUCCACGUACAUCAUCCUGUUUUUUGUGACCCGAAUCUCGAUCCUAAACAGUAUAAAAUGUGCUUGGGGUCCAAAGCUUCAACUUAUGGGUCGACACAACAGCUGGCUGAACUAUGGUUUGAAAAAAAUGACCCAAGUUUUGGGAAAAGCAGCAAUACUAAUGGCUCAGUGAGGACAGCCUAAUGUCCAGCUAUGCUGGAAAAGACUUUUUUUUUAAUUAUCUAAUUUAUUUUUGGGAAAAUGUUUUUUGAUAGUUCACUUUUAAAAGACCACACAGGAUAUAUUUUAGAAAUCAUUGUUGUUUUCUUACAAAGAGCUCAUUUUGAGAAGAACAAGGCUGUUGGUUUUUUGUUGUUGUGUUUUUGCUUUUAAACAAAACUGUGAUCAAUAUUUGCCUUCAAACAAAAAUUUGUUUAAGAAUGAUCUGACAGAUCUGCAGAAGUCUGACUUGAAUUAGAAUUUCCUUAUGAACAAAAGAUUGUUUUCUACCUUUUCCGUUGCUGUCUUCGUUGCUAGGAUUCUGUAAAUUGGGACCUGAAUGUUCAAGCAAAGUGACAAAACACUGUAUCAAAAUGUUUUGUUGUGACUGCUGCGUUACAAAGAGUCUACUUAUUGUUAAAAAUAGCCAUUAUUUUCCAAAAAUUGCAUUAGAACAAAACAAAUCAGCGUGGCAAUGGCAAGGGUCUUAGCUGCAGGAGUUUUUCAAAUGGCUGCUUAUUUCAGUUAAAAAUAUACUUCUACUUAUUGUGGCCAGGCAACUUUAAGGGAGGGGAGAAAGUAAGCACAACCUGCUAUCAGAUUAGUCCUUGUAGCAAUUUUUGUCUUUUAUAUUUGGUCCAUAUAUGGAUCUAAUGUUUUAAGAAUCCAUGAUGGAUUCUGUGUCUUAUUCUAAACCGCUGUCCUGCCUGGAGCUGAGACGACGUCGUAAAGACAAGUUAAAGUGUAACGAGGGAAGGGAGAGGAUGGGAGACGAGAAUCUCUUGCAGCAAAGCAGCAGUACACAGUGGAAAAU